AUGUCAGCGGCAGUAGUACAGUCGGGCGCGUCGCAGAACGCAGGUGUCCGAGAGUUUGUCGAAGGCUGGACACUGGGACAAACGCUAGGCGAAGGUGCUUACGGAGAGGUAAAGCUGCUCAUCAAUCGCCAGUCGGGAGAAGCGGUCGCGAUGAAGAUGGUCCACCUGCGAAACCCGGCGCACCCGGACGCCGAAAGUUCGGUGAAGAAGGAGGUGUGCAUACAGAAAAUUCUGCAGCACCCAAACAUCCUAAAGUUUUUCGGCAAGCGGACACAGGGCGACAUGGAGUACAUAUUCCUCGAGUACGCCGCCGGUGGUGAACUGUUCGAUCGCAUCGAGCCCGACGUUGGAAUGCCACUACCGGAGGCCCAACGUUACUUCAAUCAACUGUUGGCCGGAGUCGAGUACCUGCAUAUGCGAGGCGUGGCGCACCGUGACCUGAAGCCAGAAAAUUUGCUCCUGGACGAGCACGACAACGUUAAGAUAUCGGACUUUGGAAUGGCCACCAUGUUUAGAAUGAAAGGCCGGGAACGGUUGCUGGACAAAAAGUGUGGAACACUGCCGUACGUGGCCCCCGAGGUGUUGGUUAAACCGUACCGGGCAACACCGGCCGACCUCUGGUCCUGCGGGAUCAUCCUAGUCACGAUGCUUGCUGGAGAACUGCCCUGGAACCAGCCAUCGUCCGGCUGUGCCGAGUAUCUCUGCUGGAAGGACAACAAGUACACUACCUCGACGCCCUGGUGCAAGCUGGACACGCUGACGCUGUCGCUUCUGCGAAAGAUUCUGGUGCCUAAUCCGGCGCAACGAUUGACGCUGGACAAACUGCAAGACCACAAAUGGUGCCACACGCAGUUUCACUUGCAAGGUAAGCUCCUCCGGUUGCCGGAUUCAUACUUUUGCUUCCGUUCGUGUCGGCCCUCGCCUCGUGCUAAACGACUGUGUUCGAAUCAGGACAUUUCAACGCCCCUGGACGACUCCACGUCGCGCAUGUGCCAAUCGCAGCCAGUGCCAACGAUGGUACACACCGAGCGGGAGGUACACGGCGUCGAGGAGGCCAUCGAGGCCCGCCACGGUUUCUGCUUCUCGCAGCCGACCAUGCUGGACGAUCUGAUACUGUGCACCCAGCUGAACCCGACGCAAAGUGUCGGCACGCAGCAGCAGCAGUCGCAGAACUCCUUCCAGCGGCUGGUCCGGCGGAUGACGCGCUUCUUCGUGUCGACGCGCUGCGACGAAACGCUGAAGCGUCUCUCGGCCGCCCUCGAGAAGCUGGGCUACGGGUGGAAGUCGAACGACGAGGGAAUCAUCACCAUUUCCACGAUCGACCGGCGGAAGGUACAGCUCACCUUCAAGGCGAACAUCGUCGAGAUGGACGGCAAAAUACUGUGCGACUUUCGGCUCUCGAAGGGCUGCGGGUUGGAGUUCAAGCGGCGCUUCAUCAAAAUCAAGCAAUGUCUCGCGGACAUUGUGCUCAAGGGACCGGUAACGUGGCCGAUCGCGAUCGCUACCAACUCUGUGCCUUAGUGUGUCUAGAGGCGUUUUGCUUUCGUUUGUUGUGCUCUGUGAGCGCGCGAAAGGUUGUAAAGAGAUGUCGGUGUGGGUGUUUUUAAAACUUUGUAAAAUAAACGUCAAAAACAACAAGAAUCACAGCGGCGCCUAGAGAGAGGCGCGCACAGAACCACAGGUAUUUUGUUGAGCUCCAUGACGAAAGGAUGUGCGGUCGAUUAUUACAGUAUUUUCGUUGUUUCUUAUUGAACCUAGGCACGGCACGGAAAUAUGGUUUAUUGUCGUAACAUUUGAAAAACACGGAUAACAUGAUGUUUUUGUCAAUUUUAAGAACAUUGCACGAGAGCGCCAAUAUUCGUUGGUUAAGAAAGCUAUGUGGACAUACGAAUAAGAUGGAAUUGAAAAAAACAUUGGUGCUACACUUUUAAGGCGUGCGAGCGGACGGCGCUAUGGAAAACAAACAAAAGAUCGGUUUUAUCUCAUUCAAUCAGAUCGCAUAGGUGAUCGCUCUAUUGUUAAACUUGCUUUCAUGUACCUUGUCUAUCUUUUUUAUUAGAAGUUAAAAUGUAACUUGUUUCUCUUAUUCUUCUCAAUACACAGCCGUUUAAUCUCCGGCUAACUAAUGGGGAUUUAUUUCUAUUUUUAGGUGAUAAUACUUUCAUCGUUUUUUUCCUGUACUCGAACUAUACCACCAUAUAAGUCGUAAAGGUUACGAUAUGAGCUGUUCUUUCACGCAAAUCGAUUACCUAAGCUCUACGGAUUUGUUAUUGUUACUAUUCCACUAUACGUUCUCUAUCUAACGCGUGCCCUUCCUGAAUUGCGGAGGGAAGCGAUUUUCUUUUCU